UGCCUUUACCACUUUUGAAUAUUUUCUUUGGCUCAUUAGAGAAACAACGUUCAUUUCAUUCGGUUUGUGCCUUGUAAUAAGGAGUGUUUUAAAACAAUUUGAAAGUGACAAGAAAAUUACUGGUUUAUUUUAUUGAAAAUCAAAGUCAUUUGUUUUUUUCUGUAUUUAUCUUAUUUGCGAUAAAAUUGAUUAGAGUAAUAGACAAUGAACGAGGUUGAAAAGCAACAAUUGAUUCAGAAUUGGGAGAGAAUAUUCACUGUAGAUGCGAUAGAUAGAACAAUCCAAAUAACAGCAAAUGUGCCAGAAGACGAUACGGGAUACGUUGACCUCUAUGCUGUGUACAGCUUUCUGCGUAAAUAUGGUGCCAUUGAAUCGACCCAAUAUUUUGUUCGAGAAAAGGAACAAUAUCUACUGAUCGAGUUCAAAAAUAUUAAAACAGCUGAUCGACUAGUGAUGCGACGACAAAUCACAUUCAAUCACCAAAAGUUCAAAGUUGAACCGCUCAAAAAAGCUCAACUGCUUAUACAUGGUUUAUUAAGCCGAAAUGAUCAAAUUGAAGAUUUUGAGAAACCAAAUUCCAUGCCAAACAACGAAACGCAAAAAAAUAUCUUGAACAUUCUCAAUGAUGAUUGUUUGCGAAUGAUAUUUGAAAAAGUAGUUAACAUUGGUGAUUUUCAUUCGAUACAAAAGGUGUGUGGACGUUUUGAAGAAAUUGCCAAACAAAUAUUUCCAUUGAAAAUUAAACGUUGUGACGUAAAUAUUUGGGAUUUGAAAAGUUUCAGCAAAAUUGAAAAUUUCUUAUGCGAAUUUGGUUCGUCGGUUCAAUCAUUACAAUUUCGUGAACCAAAUGAUAUGCCCGCAGUUACGGACAUAUUUUUGAAAAUAAUUCAUAAAUAUUGCAACAAUCUGAUUAAAUUUAAUCUCACAAUUUCCGAUAUUAGCAUUGGCACCAUAAAUAAGAUUAAUUCACUACUAUCAAAAUUGAAAAACUUGGACUUACGUCUCGUGUGCGGUGCUGAAUAUAUUCCAUUGGAUGAAUUUAUUUCGGCUUGUUCUCAAUUGGAGACGUUAACCGUAAAAAGUUGCCAUCAAGUAUUCAUAACAGAAUUGCCAAAAAUCACACUUUCAAAAUUAGUGGAAUGCCAAAUAAGAUCCCGGCCUAUAAUUUUUGAUGAGUUUUUGGCAUGUAAUCCACAAAUCGAAAAAGUUACACUCGAAUAUUCGGAGAAUUUUAGUACUCUUUUCGGAACAAAUAUGCAAAACGUUAAAUAUUUAAGCUUAAUUACCGAUGGAUCAAUCACGACAGAAGAAUUUCAAGAAAUAGGAGAAUUGCAACCACAACAGCUGGACCUAGAACUAAGACUCGAUGAUUCGAUUAAUAAUAUUUUUGGUUUAAGUAAUAUUAAUGUUCUUAAAUUACAUGUAAGCGCGACAUUUAUGGAUAGCCAUUUGAUUACAUUGGCCCAAACGUUGCCAAAUUUAAAAUCAUUGACCAUUGUUCAUGAACAUCGGGUCGAAAUAACUUUCGAUGUGAUCAAAAAGAUGUUACGAUACUCUGUUCAAUUACAAUAUUUCGAUGUAAUUUGGCCAAAAAAUGGAAUUCAAAGUUUUGAAAAAAAUGAUUAUAAUGAAAUCGUUGAAUUUGUUAAAAGACGCCCAAAUCGCAUAAAGUUGAACAUUCGAUUGUUUCAUGCUACAACACUAUUUGACACUAAAAAUGGAUUCAAGGGAAAAUUAAUGGUGUUUGAUACGCACUCAGAAUGGGUACAUGUCUUGAAAUUUUUUGAAUAUGAUGUUCAUUAUAAUUAUUAUCACAUUUUGGCUUAAAUUAAGAAACAUAAUGACACUUUGAAGCUAUUGCAUUCUGCUUCAAUUGAUUGAACACAUCCAAUUCCAAGGAAUUGAAUAUUUAAAUAAAUUUCAAUAAUAACUUGUGGUCCU